CUUUGCCAGUAUAAGUAUAGACCGCGAUUCUCUUUUGUACACAUUCGUCACAAUGAGGUUACUAGCCGUGGUUCUGUUGUUCGCUUUGGCGUAUGCCAAGCACGAGAAAUAUGAGGGAUGGAAAUCCUACUAUGUAGGACCAGCGUCCGCUGAACAGCUGAAGGCUUUCGGACCGAUCAUCGACCAGUAUAACGUCGAUGUUCUAAGUCACCCCAUCGUUCAACGCGAGGGCGUUGUUCUGGUGGCUCCAAAAUAUCAGGCCGGCUUCACCAAGGCUUUAGAAGACUUGGCUAUCGAGUACAAGGUGCAUGCUGAGAAUGUAAAAGCUGCCUUGGACUAUGACGAUACACUGAUUGCGGCUAAGAAGGCACGCGACUUGAUGAGGAAUGGCGGAAGAAAUCUUCCUUAUGAUAACUAUCAAACUCUAGAAACGAUCUACGCUUACAUACUCGACGUUGCAGCUCGUUUCCCUGAUACCGUCACUUUGGUCAGCCCCGGAAAUUCCUUCGAAGGCCGCCCCAUCUACUACCUGAAGAUUUCCACCACAAACUUCCAAGAUGAGACGAAACCCGUGAUCUUUAUUGAUGGCGGUAUCCACGCCAGGGAGUGGAUUUCCCCACCUUCGGUUACCUGGAUGAUUCAUAAGUUGACUGAAGAUGUGACUGAGCCUGAUCUUCUGGAGAACUUUGAUUGGAUCAUCCUGCCUGUGGUCAAUCCUGAUGGAUAUGCUUUUACCUUCUCAUCGGAUCGUUUCUGGCGCAAAACUCGCUCAACUGACAGUCACCUCUGGAGCAGCUUAUGUCCUGGAGUAGACGGUAACCGCAACUUUGACUUCUUCUGGGGCACUGUUAGCACCAGCACCUCACCUUGCUCAGACACAUACGGUGGGAGCCAACCCUUCUCCGAGAUCGAAACCAGAGUAGUGAGGGACCUGCUUCAUCAAUACCUUCACCGUAUGGCUUUAUACUUGACCAUGCACAGUUACGGUAGCAUGAUCCUCUACGGAUGGGGUCAUGACGGAUCUCUAUCUAAUAACGCUUUCGCUCUCCAUACUGUUGGUGUCAAUAUGGCUACCGCGAUCGAUGCUCAGAAACUGCCUAACUUCCCUAACUAUACCGUCGGCAACGCAGUCUUGGUGCUCUGGUAUGGCGCGUCCGGUGCCUCUGAGGACUAUGCGCAUCUGAUCGGUGUCCCGUUGUCUUAUACUUAUGAGUUGCCUGGUCUCCAGGGUGGUUUCGAAGGAUUCCACCUGGAUCCUAUCUACAUCGAACAGGUCUGCCGCGAGACGUGGGAGGGUAUUGUCGUGGGAGCCAGAAGAGCCGGAGAGUUGUUCAGAUGAAGGAUUUUUUAUUAAAUAUGUUUAUGCCUUA